CAAAGCAGAUAAAAAAAGAAUCACUUACACUAAAGAAACUUAUAGAAGAAUUAUCUAUCGAACCUAGUACUCCGCAAGUUCUUGUAACUAAAAAAGAAAAUGCAAAUAAUUUUGUUGAUUUGUACAAUAAUAUAACCCAUGCAGAAACUGAAAAUGAAAUUAUAAAUCGGGAAGUUAUAACCAGCUAUUAG